UCCAUAUUAGCUUCGUUUUCGUUUUCUUCUUCAACGUAACUGAACUGAUACGUCCAUAGGGUUGUUCUUUACUUUCACUUUUUAUGAUAGACGGAAGCUUUUAAUUAAAAUAGUUGCUGAAGUAGCGAAGUUACUUCCGGUUGACCUUAUCCCAUUCCAAGCCGGUAGUAACACAAGCUUCUUACGUACUUACUGGCGUUCAUGGUUGUAAAUAUAAUAAGAAUGGGAAUUCCUGAUUUUGGAGUAUUAUUUCCUGUAAUUAUUGGGUUAUCUAACUUUGCCGCGUUCGUCCACCCCGCAACGCCGAAUGUGACCGGAACUCCUUUAUCACAGGAAAUACUACAACCGGGAGCCGAAGAGUGCGUCAGUUUUACACGGUUGUUAGGCCGGAUAAAGAAAGACUAUGCACUGCAGCAGCUGACCAAUAUCACGGAUUUGGAGUGUCAAGAUAAAUGCAUUUUCCUAACAGCCUGCCAGUCAUUCAGUUUUGGAAUACUCGACAAUGGAUUAACCGAAUGCAUGCUCAGCCAGUACAAUCGCCAUUCCCAAACAAAUCUCUUUAAUGAUAACGGACUAAUUCAAAAUUUCGCUUAUUACGAGAAGUCUCGAGAGGGAUGCAUGGAACUCGCUUUCGAGUGUGGACCGGAUCGCAUUGUUGUACAAGGCAGGUCAACCGAGCCCUUUUCGGGGCUGGUUUAUCCCGAAGGGAUCUUUGAAAAGUCCUGUCAAGCCGAUCUGUCUAAUCAGCGAAAUUUUACUCUUGAGAUCCCUUUACAAGGAACAUGUGGCACACGCUAUACGGGAAAUGGAUUGUACGAAAAUGUCAUCAUCAUCCAAUGGGAUGACCUUAUCGUCACCCGACGAGAUCGAAGAUUUAAAAUCAGCUGUCAGUACGAUCUUAGCGACCUUGAGAUCAGCCAUAAGCCGAUGGAAAUUGGGCAGAUGACUCCCAUGGAAAUGAGCCUCAAAGUGCCCCGCCCAGAUCCCGUUAUUCGUCUGAUUAACAUGGAUGCCAAUGAUGUGAAUGUGGCAAGGGUUGGCGACAAUAUGGUGUUUCGAGUUGAACUCAGCAAAGCCAGUCCUUACGGAAUAUUUGCAAGAAACUGCCGAGCACAAGGCGAAAACCCCAGCGAGUUUCUUGACUUGAUCAACGACAAAGGAUGUCCGCUUCAUCCUGAAGUGUUUCCACAGUUGCAGAGAAAUGGAUCGGCACUGGAAACUCAGUUCCUGGCCUUUCGCUUUCGCAAAUCGUUUCAAGUGUUCUAUCAGUGCACAAUCGAUUAUUGCGUUGACGCCUGCCCACCGGCGGACUGUACAGGAAUUAAAUCAUUCGGCAGAAGGAAGAAGCGCGAAUCUGCGACCGAAAUCCCCAGUGCUGACAGCGUCAAAAACACACUAAUUAUUCUCGAUGACAUUCCAACUAGGAAUUUGGCUCAAGUGUCACAUUCUAAACUAAAUUCCUCAGUACUGGUUUAUCCAACACCUCCAGCGGCAACCUGUGAUGCAACGUACCAGUUGAUAGCCAUCGUUUUGGCAGUAAUCGCGGGGUCCUUCUUUGUACUGCUUAUUGCCAUGAUCGUAUUUUUCCUUAUGACCAAUAAACGAUCAAGACGACCGUCCAGCUACUAUGCCACUGCCGCAUCCAAAGAAUUUGCCUAUCCUAAUCAUUACGUCACAAGAAAGUGAUUCUCUUCAUAAAUCAGUGCCGCUGUUUUCAACAUUGUUGGACAUUGUUAGCUAAUCAUUGUACCAAACAACAAGUGCAAGCAAACGUGUUGACGUGCCGCCCAAAGAAUGAGCUGCCCGUUAUGUUGAACACUGUAAAGAAAAACAGUAGAAACGUUAACAAGCUAAUAUGCGAUGCUGUUACGGAGUAUCUUAUACUGAAAUUAUUAUACUCACGUAGAAAUCGUUGCGCCGACAUCAACUACGAA